AUGUCUGACGAGGUUUCCGACUUUUUGCGCUCCGUCGAGCUGUUGAAGGGAAGACGCGAAGAGGAAGACGAGGCACGCUCGCGAGAGCUGGAACAAAAGAUAUUGCAGGAAAAGGCUGAGCGACAAGCAAGGCGACUAGAGCGCGCAAGGUCCAUUUCCCCUCAGAAAUCGUCUCCGGCAAACACCCCCACCGGCCACCACCACAACCACCACCACCGCGCAAGCAUUGCCAGCAUUGCCAGCAUUGCCAGCACCAUUCUGCCCCCCGAUGGCGUAGACCUUUCCUCGCCCUCGCCCGCACUCGAAACCACUGGAAGCCCCCGAGCGCGUUCUGUCCAACUAUCCGACACAGCCAUGGAGCCACUGUCGCUGGCCUCGCCCACAAAGGAGAACGAGUCGCCUGCGUCGCCGUCGCCCUUUGACUCGUCCGAACCAAACAAGCGAUCCAGCCAUAUCCUCACCUCUCCUUCGGCUGCCAUGCCCUCUGCCCGCCCCCUCUCCUGGCAGAGGCGCCCUACAUCCCAAACUUCUGAGCGACCCAAGACUCGACCGUUGUCGGUUUUCGCCGCUGAGAAUGCGGCCGCCACUCGAGCCAACGCCAGCAUCACCUCUCCCACAGAGGAACAGCCACCAAAUACCGAAGAUCUCCCUUCACGGGACUCAAUUGCCCAGUCUCUGGCUGGCAAGGACCCCUCUUGGUUCAAGCAAACUGCCGACCGUGGCGAAGGUUCUGCUGCAUACAGGAAGUCACAGGUGGAGGAUGAGGAUACCGUCGACCCUUUCCAGUCUCGCACCCAGCUUCCUGGCAUGGUUCAGGACGCCGAUGCUCCUGCAGAACCAGAGACGAUGCCCUCCCGCCAGAGCCUGCUCAACUCUCCCCUAAUUACUAGCGCACCGCGUUUGGACCCUCCCAUUGGAGAUGCCACCCACGACGAGCCUGAACCGCCUUCUAAUCGCCUGUCGAUGAUGUCUCCCAACAGCCGUGCCUCGCCUGCCACUCCAAGAUCCGGCUCUCCUACCAAGGGCUUGGGUGGGUUCGUACAGAGUGCCAUGAUGAAGCGCUCCGACAGUGUUAAGCGGUGGAGCGUCAACUCGCCAGGCCUAGCGCGUGCCGAGUCAACUGCGUCGAAUCGCAACAGUAUCUUGGGAACUCAACUAGGCAGUCCUACCAAGCCGGAAACUCAGCCAGAUGCUACGACACAGGACGAUUCCAACCCUAGGCCGGCAUCACGACCAGCUUCGAGGCCCAUCUCGAGCCACGGAGAAGAUCGACCAGUCACUCCCGCUCCGCUUACAAUCAACCCACAACUGGCUGCGGCCGAGACCAAGGAGGCUGUCACAGAAGGCGGAGAGGAGGAGAAUACAUCGGUACCCGUCAGUCCGUCAAAGACGAUGGACCCCCGGAGAUGGAGCCCUUCCAAGUCUUCGAGCUGGCUCGAGGCCGCUCUAAACAAGCCCGAGUCGCCAAAGACCAAGCCUGCCCCUAACGCCAACCAGCCGGCCUGGAUGGUCGAGUUGAACAAGGCCAAGGCACAAAAGACCGGUAACCCCGGCGUUGAUCUCUCACGUAGCGCCUCGGUGCCUCUUAGAAAGACCGAGGUCAAGACGGGUGGUCUUAUGCGGACUACCCCGGCUGGCUCAGGUCUCAAAUCCUCCACUGGUCUCAGCAUCUCCACUAGUGCGCCCGCAGAGAAGCCCACGCUGAUCGGCCAGCGUAGCGAUCUUGUCAGCCCUCUCUUGAGGAGAGGCAGCGAAGAUCCGGCAUCUUUGGUGGCAAAGACACCCACCACCGAAGAGGCCACCACCCCCGUUCUGAAGGAUUUCCGGGCGAACCUGAAGUCGCGUGCACCACCCUCUUCUGGUGCAGGCGCCGAGGGUGAGGUCGAUGAGCUUCAGAAUGUCUUUGGCAAGCUUCGGAGGGCCAAGACAGAGAAAUGGGUGGCUCCUGACCCACUCAAGGACAACAUUCUACGAGGAAAGUCUCUGCUUAAUCGUACCGGAGGUCCCAUGAGGAGCGAACGGAAAGACGAGCUCAAGGAGGCCAUUCUCAAGAAGAAGGAGGAGUUCGAAAAGGCCAAGCAGGAGGGCCAAUCACCCACCAAAGUCGCCAGCCCUGUCGUUAGCGAAAAGACAAUCCCCGAGGCGCUUGCCAGGAGACUGGAACUUGGUCGCUCUGGAAGCUUUUCCUCCAAGUCGGUCGAUCUCCCCAGCUCUACUUCUUCGGUCACAUCGCCGAGUGUAGCUUCUCCAGCCAGCAUCCUGGACUUUGACAAGACAGGGCUUUUGUCUCCCAAGACGCGAGAACUUACUGACAUUGCAGCUCAGAUCGCGCCAAAGCCUACCACCACCAGCUUGGACAAGGAAGUUUCUGCUACAAAGGAGGUGCAAUCCACAACCCCCAAGGAAAUCAGUGUUCCAGGACGCCUGAGCAAGGUGGGCGGCUUGGCCGGCAGAUUCAACCCUGCCUUGGCGGGAAUGUUGGCCAAGGGCCCUCCGGCAGCGGCUUCAGGGGCUACUAAGACAGCUGAAGAGGAGGCUACGCCCAAGCCUGGACCCCAGUUGACGCACAUGACAAAGAAUCGUGCCCGUGGACCUAGGAGAAAGGCGCCGACAUCCGUCCUCAAGCCAGCUGAGGAGACCGAGGCAUCACCUGUAGUAGAGUCACCGCCUGCUGCAAAGGGGGGCGUUUCUUCCCCUACCGAGGAGAAGCAGGUCACGCCCACUAUGCCCAAGCCAGAGUUCAUCACUCGCGUUGACUCUAGGGCCUCCGCGCAAGGCCACAGGCAUUCGCGCUCUGGGAGUGUCGCCGACCUCGUCAACUCUUUCAAGACAAAGGUGGCGGAGGAGCCUAAGCCAGCUGAACAGUCCAGCACUGCUGAUCUUCCCUCUCGUUCGCCCACAAAGAUUACUCGCGGCCGUUCAGCUACCAAGGUUCUUGAGCAGGCUACCGUGUUCGCUGCCCUGAACCAGCAGCCCUCAGAGCCCGCUGAGUCCAAGAGCGAGGCGGCUUCCCCAUCGCCUGCUCGCCCGGCUCUGGGCCAUACUCGUUCCAAGUCAAAGGUUCACGAACAAGCAGCCAUGUUCACGACAUUGAGCCUCCAGCCAUCCGAAGUUUCCGAACCUACCAAGGAGCCGGUUUCCCAGUCGCCCGUGCGGCCGGCGCUCGGCCAUACUCGCUCCAAAUCCAAGGUCCAGGAGCAGGCUGCUGCGUUUGUGAACAAAAUGAAGGCGGAGCCCAGUGAGCGUAGUGCGGAGACCUCGCCAGUUCGACCUGCGAUGGGACAUACUCGUUCGAAAUCCAAGGUCCACGAGCAGAUUGCUGCUUUAGCUGCGGCUAGCCAAAAACCCUCGGAGGCUGCUGCGGAAGCCGACCCCUCAACACCUACAUCGAUCAGGGGGCGGUCUCGCGCUAAGUCAAUUGUCCAAGAGAAACUGGCUGCCCUCGCCACCGCCGACCACCAAAUGAAGCCUGCGGAGCCUGAGGCAGACAUGGCUGCUCAGACUGUCUCCCCAAGAAAGCUUGAUAUGAAGAGAAUGUCUAGAUUUCUCGAUGAGCAGAACCAGCCGAUCUUGAAUCCCGAAAACGAAAGGACUUCACGCCCGUCUUCUCCUGUGAAGCAACGGGCUCUCCCCGAUUUCUCUCGGACUUCGUCAACGAAGGACAUCUCGCCGGUAAAAGACACCAAGGUCGACUCGGAACCAGCUGUGUCCGUCAAGGCUGGCUCUGCGCUAUUUGGAGGCGGUGCUAACGCGGGUUUGCCUCAAGUAAUCACGAAACCAACAUCGCCUCCCCCGACCGAGCCCGCUGCUGCCACGACCACCACCUCUCCCAUUGCUCGUGGUCUCGUCAAGACGCCAACUCCCGAGCCUAGAACGGAACUACCACCAAGACUGCCUCUUACCGCACUUUCGAGCCCUUCCUUCACUUCAUCCCGUAGACCUUCCGUAACUGAAAAGGCCCCUACCCCAGAGCCCCAGCCUGAGCCAGAGGUGCAGUCCCCCCCGCCGCCAAAGGUCCCUCCCAAGGGUGCUAGGCCGUUGCCCGCAACCCCAGAGGCCGAGGCUCCGCCUGUGCCCCGUAAGGACAGCAUCCCGCUUCCUUUUCUCCCCAAGUUUGACUUCCAGGCACAACCCCAGCAGCAAGCUCAGCAGCAGGCUCAGCAGCAAGCUCAGCGGCAGGCUCAGCAGCAGGCUCAGGAACAACCCCAACAGCAGCCACCGCAGUCACCCCCACACCAGCAAACUCAGCAACAGCCCCGCGGUCUCAGACAUACAAGGUCGGCAUCAAAGUACGGAUCAGAUGCCCAGGCACUGCUGAGCGACUUCUUUGGCACUGAGCGCCCUCGCCGUCGCUACACGGCCGACGCCGCCGACGUGAUCAUGCGACGGCCAAACCCAGGCUUCCGCAUUCAAACCCAGCGUGCUCAGCUUUACCAGUUUGCCGCCGAUGGCAAGAAGCUGCCCGUUCCCGCCCACCGCGAACGUAUCCUCUUUGAGCGGGAGAUGUACCUCUGCACGCACACCUUCACCAACGAAUCGGGUAAGAAGGUGAGCGAGGUGUACUUCUGGGUCGGUGACGAGGUUCCCGAAGCAGCCACCGAUGACGCCCUUUUGUUUGCGGCGCGCGAGGCCAGGGCAUUUGGCGGCAAGCUGGUCAAGAUGAUGCAGGGCAAGGAGACCAGCGAGUUCAUGCAGGCGCUAGGCGGCAUUGUCAUUAUUCGUCGCGGAUCUAGCAAUAAGUUUGACUCGCUCGCGCAAACCAUGUUCUGUGGCAGACGCUUCCUUGGACAGGUGGCGUUUGAUGAGGUCGACUUUGCACCUUCGAGCCUGUGCUCUGGUUUCCCUUACCUGAUCACCCAGCAGGGCAAGUGCUACUUGUGGAAGGGUAAGGGUUCGGAUGUGGAUGAGCUUGGCUGUGCCAGGCUCGUUGGUAUGGACUUGAGCCUGAUGGGCGAGCUGGAAGAGAUUGAGGAAGGAUCCGAGCCGGAGAGCUUCUGGAAGGAUAUCUUUGGGGGUGAGGGUCCGGGUGUCCGGCCAAUGAGUGCCGAUCAUUGGAGGCUGAAGCCAAACUACGAGAAGUACUGUGGGAGACUGUUUUGUUCGAAUGCCAAUGCCUCUGGCAAGGAUCAGAUCGUCGAGAUCUCUCCUUUCAAACAAACAGACCUCCUCCCCACAAACAUCUACAUUCUCGACGCCUUCUUCGAAAUGUACAUCAUCGUCGGCGCCCGCUCCCAGCACCAAUACGCCUCCUUCCACAACGCCCUCGACUUCGCCCAGGAAUACUCCAUCCUCGCCGCCGGCAUGGAAGACCGUCCCUUUGUUCCCAUCUCCACCGUCGUGUUGGAGGGCAUCCCUCGCGAUCUCAAGAGCGUCUUCCGCAAGUGGUCCGACUCCCUCAGCCCAACCAUUAUGAAUCACCUUGGUGGUAGCAACGCACCCCCAGGACAACAAGCUGGCCAGGGUCAACAACAAGGUCCUGGGUUGAGGAGAGGAAGAAGUUUGAGGAUCGUGCCGCUUAACCAGGCGCUCAAGGCUCUGCAAGACUAG